CACAAAUCCACCUUAUAUAAACAUAAUGACUGUCGAAACCGCCACCGCUCCACAAUCCAUGUGCAACACCGACAUUGGCUCGUUGCCAGCUGCCGACCCAGUAUUGCCAACUAACGUUCUUGACUUCUUCAAAUUGGACGGCAAGACUGCUGCCAUCACCGGAGGUGCCAGAGGUAUUGGUUACGCUAUUUCCGAAGCUUACUUGCAAGCUGGUAUUUCCAAGUUGGCUAUCAUUGACUACGCCCCAAACGAAGCUGCCCUCGAUGAAUUGAGAUCCAGAUUCCUCAAGAGCACGAUUGUCUACCACAACUGUGACGUCAGAAAGGCCGAUCAGGUCAAGUCUGUCAUUGACAAGAUCGAAGAAGAAUUCAAGGUUAUCGACAUCUUCGUUGCCAACGCUGGUAUCGCCUGGACUUCCGGUCCUAUGAUUGACCAAGAAACCGAUGAUGACUGGCACAACGUCAUGAACGUCGACUUGAACGGUGUCUACUACUGUGCCAAGAACAUCGGUAAGAUUUUCCGUAAGCAAGGUAAGGGUUCGCUUGUCAUGACUGCCUCGAUGUCUGCCCACAUUGUCAAUGUUCCACAAUUGCAAGCUGCUUACAACGCUGCUAAGGCUGGUGUUUUGCACUUGGGUAAGUCUUUGGCUGUUGAAUGGGCUCCAUUUGCCAGAGUCAACACCGUUUCUCCAGGAUACAUUUCCACCGAGUUGUCUGACUUUGUUCCAACCGAAAUGAAGAACAAGUGGUACGCCUUGACUCCACAGGGCAGACAAGGUGCUCCACGUGAAUUGUGUGGUGCCUACUUGUACUUGGCUUCGGACGCUUCCACUUACACCACUGGUUCUGACAUCAGAGUCGACGGUGGUUACUGUUCUGUCUAGUUAGACAGACACUAGGUAGAGUCAUUGGACUCUGCCGUUUUGCAUAUUAAAAGAUUUGAUUUCUUCAGAGGAGCUUAAUAAACUAUAUAUGAUAUACAUGCUCUGUAUAAUAGAUAACGAUAAUGUU